AAGUUGGACCAAAAGCCCUCCUUUUUUUUUGUUUUACACGCGCGAGCUUAACCGUUUGUCCGACAACGCGUUUCAGGCGGAGUUCAGAUCUUAAAACAUUUGACCAGCUUUUUCACCUCUCCACUUCUUCGUUCACAUAUUUGAACAGACAUACCGUACCCCUGGCUUACCCUGGAGAACUAACAACUCAAAGGAUAUCAACAUUUCAAGGCCUAUUUUCAUUUUUGAUACUUUUCUGGGCUUACUACAUACAGUGCUGUCUUUUUUUUCAUAGUAGACGCGCUCCCAGGGCACAAGAAGCUCUUCUGGUUUGUAACUGCUUCGCUUUCUAUUUUUUCCGCGUCUGAUUUUGGGGGCCACAUGCGAUGUCACGGAGUAUUAAAAGAAGAAAGAAAUGUUUGCCAUUCGUUUUUUGCUUACAAUGCGAAGGCGUUUUUUUAGUUCAUUUUUUUUAAAACCAGUUGAGUAACUGGCGACAGGACUCUAUAAUCAAUGUGGUGUCAGCUGGAAGGACGUGGGGUCCGGAUCUCACCUAAACGCUGAUACGUCUUGGGAGUGAUGCUCUGGCUUCCCCUGGUUGCCAUGGUGAUUGCCUCGGCCCUGCCCUUCCCUCACAACCCAGUGUCCAGGAUUACCGCUGCGACGACAGAGCCUAGCUUUGAUGGCCGCAGAGAGCAUGAUCAUGCCCCGGCUGCUCGCCUUGCAGUUUCACCUGUGGACUACAGUUUCCAUGGAAAUGCCUCACAAAUGGACUACAACAUACCUGCUGCUCUUAGCCAGCACACCAACAAACACAACCUCCAGAACCAUAAGGAUUAUGUGAAAUCCUCCGUACAUGAAGAGACUUACACAUUAAAAGCGCAGAGUCAAGGAACCUACCAGUCAAAUAGCAAAUCAGGCAGCGAUGGCAGAAGCAGUGUCAGUUUGGAUGUUCCCACCGAAAGAGGAACUCUCAAGACUGAGGGUAUUUUUGAGGAUAAUUUUCUAACAAAGGACUACAACGCAGACAGCAACAGCCUUCAAGACUCCUCCAGUUUUGUUGACUUUUCAAGGAAGGAUAAUCUUCAGGACUCUAAGGGUAGACCACUGCAGGUUUCUGGAGUGGAAAACCAUACUGUCAGUCCUGCUGCUACACUCAAGGUUCACAGAGGACCAGAACCGACUGUUCCCUCAGAGCGCCUGAGAGGUGUACCAACAGUCAGGAUGAGGAGUAAGCAGACACAGAGUGCUGGAAGAGGUCUGGCUGAGGCAAGCUUAACCCUGGAGGCAGGGCUGGGUCUGGGAACCGGGCUUGACAGCAUCCUAGAGGGAGACGAGAUGUUUCUGGAUGCACAUCCACGAGUCUUGUUCUCACCUUCCCUGUCACCUCCAGAACAUCCCCCCCUGCUGCUGAUGUUGGAGACUGGCAUGCUGGAGGAGGACAGGGAUGGCGAGGAGCAGGAAGACAUGGACGGACACAUCGAGGGUCAUGGGGACCGAGCCCUCGAUAGGAGCACGACGCCGAGUUGGGCAGACUCUCCCAGGUUUAUCAGUGAGGUUGCCCAUCCUGUUAAAAGAGAUAAACGUUCACACUCGAUUGACAGAAGGAGAGGGGAAAAGUCUGUGUGUGAGUCAGAAAGUGGCUGGGUUACUGACAAGAAGACCGCCAUCGACCUCCACGGUCAGCAGGUCACCAUUUUACAGGAAAUCCAGACUCAGACGGGACCUCUCAAACAGUACUUUUAUGAGACCCGCUGCCGCCAGCCCGAGCAGCAGAGCAAUACUGGAGGAUCCAGGGGUGCUGGUGCAGCAGCAAAAUCCCUGGGGACAGGCGUAGCCGGGGCCGGCUGCUUGGAUGUGGAUAAAAAACAAUGGUUGAGUGAGUGUAAAGCCAAGCAGUCGUAUGUCCGAGCACUCACCAAAGGCGCAGACAACAGAACCGGAUGGAGGUGGAUCCGCAUCGACUCAUCCUGCGUCUGUGUGCUGCUGUCCAGAGCGAAUCAGACACCGGGGAGGGAGUUGUUGACAAGGAAGGGGAGAGGCUGAGAGAGGGACAGGAGGUUGAGUGAGAUGUCAAGAA